AUGGAAUUUCCAGAACGGUGGCAAGCUAUUGCUCCUGCCUCAGAUGAGCCGGGCGAGCAACGUUCAGCACCAGAGGGCAGAAAAAGACGACAAGCGAUAGCGGUCGCAUGCGUGCAAUGUCGAAGUGGUAAGGCUAAAUGUGAUGGCGUCAGGCCAAGGUGCACACGUUGUAGAGACAAUGAUCUUGCCUGUCAAUACGAUGUGGCAGAGGGCGUGUCUCGAGCUGAGCGUAUGAAGCUGCUGAAGAGGGACAACAUGUCCAGCAGGGUUGAGGAGAUGGAACGUGUCAUGAAUGUCCUGCGCUCAGGAAGCGAUAUCCAGGCUUCAACGCUACUCGCGCGGCUCAGACUAGGAGAGCGUAUGAAAGAUGUGGCUAAGAACCUUCCACCGACUAUUUCUUCGAUGCUUGUGAGUAACCCACCAAGCUUACAAGCUCAGGACUCCACGGACACUUCUAUUCGUGACGUGAGCCAGGACUCGACAUACGCAUUGAGCGAAGGUGCUGGGCCUGCAACUCUACGGCAUGACUCCAGCACCUCUUAUGCUUCAUCUUCAGAACCUCGUCCAAGCUGGGCAGCGGGCCCGGGCUCAACUGCCACGACCCUACGAUCAGCGGGAAAGAGAAAGCAAUCUGCUGUCCCUAGCAGCGAUAUGGUCGAUGGCCACCAAUUCCUAUCGCUGUUGUUCGACCGACAAGACCUCCUUGCCAUCAGCGAAAGUGAGGAUGAUGACGAUGCCGAUAGUGAAUUUGAUCACACGCUCGACCCACGAUUGCUAUCCGAAGGUUGGAAAAGGCCAGUCGUAUCGCCAAUGGACACCCCCGCAAGCCGUCUGCCGUCACCAGAGAAGGAAGUAACUGUCAGGUCAAUUCAUGUAACGCAUCUUCGGAGUCGUCAAUCCAUUGUCAACACUAUUCACAUUCACCCCAAUCUCAACCUAUGUAAUCUUUUUGGCAAUCUUCCCUUCUCCAGCGGUGUUCGAGCCAACAAUUAUCCCGAAGACGUUCAAGAGACGCAAGUGAACAACUUGUUCUUGCCUACUUGGGCAAUGAUGACUGUCAGCACAAAGCCGGAUCCUGGGUCAGUGAAGCUUGCUUUCCCAACUAUACUUCAGGAAGCCACCGCCCUGCUGGAUUCUGGAACUCCGUUGGAAUUUGUUAUUGAAGUACAUCCAAACAUUGCGGCUCUGUUCGACGAGAGUGAGUUCAACAGAUCUGGCAUAUUGUCAAGAUGGGCAGCUGGGAUGGUGCACAGAAACGACUUCACUUGCUUCGCGUACAUGUAUCUUUUCUGGUAUUUGAUGCGCUGGAUGAUUUCACCGUCUCCAGAGACAUACGAGAUGAUACCAAAAUGGCUGCGGCCGACGCCGAACCAGCUAUUUAUGCCACAUAUCAAUAUGCUCGACUACAUCCCAUGGCCUGCUUUUCGCGAGCUUGCUGUACAGAUACCGGCUAUGCAGAAACGUAUGGAAUGGUUGAUGGAUAUGAGCAACACUCUGCGUUGCGACUGGGCUUUCCCUAUGGGAGAACCCAUCCAAAGAAUCGACGAAACAGGUUUGCUAGACCUCUGCGACACUGCGAAGACAUCCUUGCGCGACCUAUCAAACUGGUCUGUCGGACCCUCCUUCAGGGGUUACGUAAGUAACGCAGAUUCAUACGUUCGGAUUCGAGUGGAGGACUUCUAAGCGCAGGCCCUCGUCAUGC